ACCUUUCCUGCCUCUGGGGCAAUAAGUGGUGAAACCCAGAUGUUUCAACAUGGAGAUGGCCCAACCGGGCGCCACGCCACGCAGAGCACUUCCCCUGCUUCCCGCUGCAGCUCGGCUCUUCAGUGGGAAAACCUCCCGUGUUUUGGACACACUGGAAAGCCGCAGCCCCUCAACCCUCCUUUGCUCCCGCAGAGCUGGCUUUGCUGGGUGACCCCUGCAAAUCGCCUCCACUCUCUGCAGAUCCCGCGGGGCUCUGAAGACGUGACCUGCAGCGAGUUCACGUUGGCCACCAUCAGGUGAGGACAUAACCCGCAUUCCUGGUCCUCACAGCAGCUUGUCAUUCACAUCCCGAAGUUGCUCCGUGAGCUCCAGGCUUUUUUCUGGAUGAGCCGUCCUGUGGGCAGCAGGGCUUGGUGCGCUUCAAGCUUCCCACCAGCAGCAGAGCCAAGGUAGUGGUGCACCAAGAGCUGCUCCUCCUCUUCCUCCUCCUCCUCCUUCGCCUCCUCCUCCUCAUGCUGCUUCACACUCAGGCGACAGCGACUUCCUGGCAUUGCAGAGAGCUUCUCAGCAACCGUUAGGAAAGAGCUUCUCGUUUCAAGGGAGAACAACUUCAAAGAGCUUUGCCUUGCACAAGUCCUUCUGCUCAGAUGCCUCCCAGCAGGAGGUGAGCGCGCAGGAAAGUGUCUGCUGAUGGAAAAUGGCGCAUCUGGAGGGGAAAGAGGCUAUGGUGAGGCACCUACAGGCAAAGCUUCAGGGCAAGAGGAAAGACCCUCCUGAAGGGGGUGGCUGGUGGGAGAGUCGCUCUGCAGCAUCCCCUGCGACAGAGCCGGGACAGACCCCCGCGCCGGGCUCCAAGGGCGAACCUCCUCCCGAGCAUCCCCGCAGCAGGAGGGUGGACUUCAGCAGAGCUUCUCCAUCUCACAGCAAAGGUCCGAGUGUGGGACAGCAUUCGCCUCCUCAGCCCGCCUGUGAGACCCCGGGCUGGAUGGUGCGACUGAAGAAGGGGAUUCCUCAAGACACCAGCUGCCACCCGGCCCCUGCAAAGCCAGGAGGUGGAGACACAUCGAACAAGGAGGGGGGAGCCACCUCCAACCGUCCCCAGAGAAACCCAGCCCAGCAGCCAUGGCCACUCGCCAAAGACAAGGGUGCUCCGGUGGUUCCUGCCAAAGGCACAGCUGUCACAGCCUCCCUGGAUGCAGCGGGGAGCCCCCACAGGACAGGACACCCAUCUCUGCCUCGCAGGAAGCCUUUGCCACACGUCAAGGUGCUGGGAGCGAGGCCGGCCAAGCCCAGGCGCCCGCCUGUUGUGGAUCUGGAGAAGUUUGGUGCUGGGAAGCUCAUCCAUCCUGCCACGGAGCCCCCAAGGAGCGCUCAACCAGGUUAUGUGAAACCAGGCCAUGCUGUGUCAGCCCUGGCGCGGUCACCACCACAGGGUGCUCCCAGUGACACGGGGGAUGAAGAGAUCUAUGACGACGUGGAGCCCAUUGGGCUGCUUAGGAGAGGCCAAGGCUUUCUGCUGCCCCCCGUGUCCCAGCCACCAGCACAUCCUCGCCCCGGCGGAGGUGGAGAUGCUGGUCAAGCCUCUAACAGGGUUGCCUUGCUGGCUGCUACACAGAGACAAGCCCAGGUCCCCCGGAAGACGAAGCCAAUGACACUCAAGGAAUGCAAGAAAGAAGAGAAGGCAGACAGGGAGUUUCAGAAGAAAUUCAAGUUUGAAGGAAGCAUCAACGUCCUGACUCAGAUGAUGGUUGACCCUGCAGCAACGGAGAAGAGGGGUGGAGGGAAGAACCUGCCACUGAGACGUGGAGAAAUCCUUGAUGUCAUUCAGUUUACAAAUCAGGAGCAAAUCCUCUGCCGAAACAGCCAGAGGAGAUAUGGCUACGUGCCCCGGGCCGUGAUGCUCCACCUGGACACUGACAUCUAUGAUGACGUUGAGAUUUACGGCUGAGUAAUCCACGCUAAAGCCAAAGGCACAAGACAGCAUCAACACAGACCUCCCCAAGGACCAAGACAUGAUAAGUACUAUAUGCCACACUCCUGCUCUGGAAGGAGCUCUGUGUCCUCUGAGAUCGCCUGUGAAAGGAACAGAGAGAGCCUGCGAAAGCCACCGUGUCCCUGCCGAAACAGCGGUGAGGCCACGCAGCACCCUGCAGGGCUGCGAGGAGCCUGUCCGCAGGAGCCAGAGCCUCCGCUGUGGCUUUGCUUUGUCUGUGUAAAAGAUGGCAAUGGUU